CGUUUCGGUUGUGACAAGCAACUAAAUGGAAAUGAAUUUGAUCGUUGUGGUGUGUGUGCUGGAGAUGGGUCAAUCUGUGAGCCAAGAAUUAUCAACUACACAAAGCUUCAUUCGAGCUGGGGUAUCAUGCGACCAUUUGCAUUACUUGUCGAUUAUUUGUACAGUUAUUAUAGUAUAGUAAUUGAUUACCCUCAUAUUCCUAUAGAAAAGUAGUGGUGAUGUAGAUAUUUGAUCAUUGUAGGAUUUGAUAACGCGGAUACAAUGAUGAUUUUAAAGAAAGGUUACAGCAAUGUCCACGCUAAAAUGAAUGGAGCGAAUUGGAAUACGAUAG